AUGGCCCUGCGCCUCCUCACCAACGUCGCACGCGCGACCCUCCUCGUCCCGCUCCUCGCACCCGUCGUCCCGUUCCUCUCGUCGUCGUCGACCUCGCCCUCGUCUGUCCUCGUCCACGCUCGCGACUUCAACGUGUGCCCGGCACAGUUCAACGCCUGCAGCGGUAUCAAAGACUGGGAGCCCGUGUGCUGCCCCGAGUCGUGCUCGUGCGUCCGCGACGAGAGCGGCUUUGCCUUCUGCAUGAAGCCCAACGAGCAAGACGACGAGUCGGGCGACACCCCGUGCUGCGUCAAGGGCACCUACUGCGAGUCGAUGCACCCGCAGUGGAUGGUCUGCAACUCGGAAGGCCCCGCUCCUCGCAUCGCCUCGUCCGCCGUCGUCACCGUCCCGCUCCGCAACACGCCGACCUCGACGUCGUCCCGUCGCCCGACGUCCACCUCGCGCCCCAAGAAGGACGACGAGGACGAGGACGACUUUGACGACACGUUCGACGACGACCGCGAUCUGUUUGGCUCGGGCUCGGGCCGUCGUCCCGCUCGUCCGCACAAGCCCCGUCCGCCGCCGUCGCGCCCGAGCGUCGUCAGCAAGGUCGACGAGCUGCGCCUGUCGCCCAAGUGGAACAUCCACGCCAAGCCGCAGAAGCGCGAGUACUGGUUCACGAUCGACGAGCGCAAGGGCGCUCCUGACGGCUUCGAAAAGUCGAUGCUCGUCGUCAACGGCCAGUUCCCGGGCCCCCUCAUCGAGGUCAACAACGGCGACACCCUCGUCGUGCACGUCACCAACGCGCUCGACCAGCCCAUCACGCUCCACUGGCACGGCCUCGUGCAGAACGGCACCAUCUGGGACGACGGCCCGUCCGGCGUCACGCAGUGCCCGAUCGCGGUCAGCAAGAGCUACACGUACUCGUUCCCGAUCCCGGGCGACCUCGAGUUUGGCACCUACUGGUGGCACGCUCACCGCCGUGCGCUCUACGCCGACGGCAUCGUCGGUCCGCUCAUCGUGCACUCGCCGAGGGACCCGCUCGUGCGCGGCCGCGACUACGACGUCGACCAGAUCAUCAUGCUCAACGACUGGUACCACGACUCGGCCGACUUUCUCGUCGACUCGCUCCUGUCGCCGCAAGGCCUGAACGGCACCUUCCUCGCGCCGUCGCCCAACUCGCAGCUCAUCAACGGGCACGGCAUCUACAACUGCUCGCUGUCGCCGCGCACGUCGUCCAAGUGCACCCAGCGCCGCCAGCUCGACCUCCCCGAGCUCGUGUUCCCGCCCGACUCGCGCGUGCGCCUGCGCCUCAUCCACUCGGGCGCGCACCCGGUCAUCUUUACGUCGGUCGACGAGCGCUCGCUCGAGGUGAUCGAGGCCGACGACACGGGCGUCUUUGGCCCGUCGUUCCACCGUGUCGGGCUUAACGUCGCGCAGCGGUACUCGGUCCUGCUCGACACGUCGUUCGACUCGGUCGGCGACGCCUUUUUCCUGCGCGCCGAGGUCAACACGGGCUGUCUCGGCGCUCCUUUCCCCGACCUGAACCCGCAGGCGCGCAUGGUGAUCCGCAUCGGCGACAAGGAGCACGGCAACGGCGGGCGCAAGACGCUGCCGACAACUCGCGACUGGAGCGACCCGUCGGUCGGCAACUGCACGGACCUCGACGAGUCCCUGCUUCGUCCUCGCAUCGUCCGCCAUGUCCCGGACCAGGCCGACCAGAUCAGCUUCUUCAACUCGUCGGCGUCGGGCGGAAUCGUCGCGACGGGCAACGCGAGCGCCAUCUUUGAGUGGACCCUCAACAACAUCACCUUCGAGAACUUUGCCUACGACCCGAUCCUGCACCAGGUCGUGCGCGGCGACAACUUCAAUAACGGCCGGUUCGCGGUGGUCACGGCUCGCAAGCUUGAGACGGUCGACCUCGUGAUCCAGAACGUGGCCGGGCCCGACCACCCGUUCCACCUGCACGGCAAGCCCAUGUCGAUCAUGGCUCGCGGCACAGGCCUGCUCUCGCCGAGCGCCGCCGCUCGUCUGCGCCUCAAGACGUUCAACCCUCUGCGCCGCGACACGAUCGGCGUCCCUCCUGGCACCUGGGUCCUCGUCCGCUUCGUGUCGGACGUGCCCGGCGUGUUCGCGAUGCACUGUCACAUCGUCUGGCAUCAAUCUCAAGGCCUCAUGGGCGUCUUUGUCGCCCAGCCGGACCGUCUGCGGCGCCUGCGCAUCCCGUCGGCCAACCUCGCUCUUUGCGACGGCGGUAACCCCAACCUCAUCGACCCUGGCCGUCGCCAACGUCGCGACGCGCUCGGCCCGUCGUCGCCUGUCGCGAGGCGGCGGCUCUUCUGA